AUGGUCGCUUCAGGUCUCUCUUUAUCUCUUUUGGCUCUGGCAGGCGUCGCGCUUGGCGCCGACCUGCCAUCCAUUCAAAUGAAGGGCUCCAAAUUCUUCUAUCCUAAUGGAACUCAAUUCUUCUUUAAGGGCAUCGCCUACCAACAACAGACCGGUGCCGCCGGCUCGACGCCCACAAACUCGAGUUACAUUGAUCCCCUCGCUGAUACCAAGCGCUGCCAAGCCGACGUCCCUAACCUGGUUGCGCUCAAGACGAAUGUUAUCCGAGUUUAUGCAAUCGAUCCUACCAAGGACCACUCGACUUGUAUGAAACUUCUCAAUGACAACGGCAUCUAUGUCGUUGCCGAUUUGGGCGAGCCAAGCCUCUCCAUUAACCGCGAUGACCCCUCCUGGGACACUGCGCUUUUCACCCGCUAUCAGCAAGUUGUUGACGAGAUGGCCAAGUAUUCCAAUGUUAUCGGCUUCUUUGCUGGUAAUGAAGUCAGUAAUGCAAACAACAACACUGGCGCUUCUGCAUAUGUCAAGGCUGCUGCUCGUGAUACCAAGGCCUAUAUUAAAUCCAAGAAGGGCCGAUGGAUGGGUGUAGGCUACGCCGCCAACGAUGACAAGCCCAUCCGUGACCAGAUUGCCAGCUAUUUCAACUGCGGUCCCUCGGAAGACUCGAUUGAUUUCUUUGGAUACAACAUUUACUCGUGGUGUGGCGACAGCGACUUUGAAGCCUCCGGAUACAACCGCCUUAUUGAGUUCUUCAAAGACUAUUCCGUUCCCAUGUUCUUUGCUGAAUAUGGUUGCAACUUGCCUAACGGCGGUGCCGCCCGUACUUUUGACGAGACGACCGCUCUGUAUGUCAACAACAUGACUGAAGUCGUCAGCGGAGGCAUUGUCUAUGAGUAUUUCCAGGAGACAAACGACUAUGGUCUUGUUGAACUCAGCAGUGGCGGCUCUGCGUCCAAGAUGAAGGAUUUUGCUGCCCUCCAGAAGAAAAUCAGCACCGUCGACCCCAAGGGCGUCUCAAUGAGCUCGUACAACCCGACCAACAAGGCCAUGGACUGCCCUGCUGUCAACUCAUCCUGGCAAGCCAGCUCAUCCCUACCUCCUACGCCCAACAAUGCUGCCUGCGACUGCAUGUUCAAGGCAGCGUCGUGCGUUCCCGCAAGCGACCUCAAGGCCGAAUCGUACGGUGACAUUUUCGGCUACAUCUGUGGCAGCGACAACUCCCUGUGCGCGGGUAUUCAGGGUAACACCACGACCGGAAAAUACGGCACGUUCAGCAUGUGUUCCAGCAAGCAGAAACUUGCUUAUGUUCUUGAUGCUUACUACAAGAAGAACGGCAAGGCCUCCACCUCUUGCGAUUUCAAGGGCCAGGCUCAGACCCAGACGUCUAGUGGACAAACUGGUUGUGCCAAGUUGGCCCCGUCAAACGGCAACUCUACUGGUGACGGCAGCGGAAACGGAAACGGCACCGACAGUUUUGCUGUGAUGGGCGCUCCUCUUGCCCGGGUUGGAGGAUCUGCUAUCGGUCUGUACCUUGUUGCUGCUGUGUUUGGCGCUGCCAUGGUGGCGUGGUAA